AUGUCUGUUGUACACGCCGCCGAGUUCCGCAACUGCGAACGCCUCGGCUUCUCAUGCACAUAUGAGGACCCUAGUUCCGAGGCAAAUGGCCUCACCGCCGCUCCGACGUUUCCCCUGCCUAGACGCCGUGUCCGCCAGGCGUGCCAGAGCUGCCACUCCCGGAAAGCUCGGUGUAGCGGUCACACCCCGGCCUGCGAUCGAUGCCGCGCCCAGGGGAUCGAGUGCGUCUACCGGGCAUCUAAGCGGACUCGGCUGAGCAUCAACCCUCCCGGCCACGGCGAUCAGAUCGUGAGAUCACCAACCUCAUCGACGUCGGCUGCUGCCACCAACCGCGACCAACAGAACCGUCGGUCACUGUCGAGGGAAGAUGCGGUGCAUGAUUCUGACGCUGUCGGUCCCGAUGCCGUCACAUCCAAUACACCAAGCACGUUCAAUCAUGACCUGUACGCUCACUUUCAUUCUCGCUCAUCACUGUCGCACUCGCUGAUUUUCACUAGGUCCGCCCCUGAUCCCCAGUUUGAGUCUCUUAUAAGUCGAGCUCUGGACAACUUCUUCCGCCAUGUUCAUCACAUCCCCAUGCUGUCGUUCCUCCAUCGAGCCUCUCUCAUGCAGCGGCAUCAUGUUGGCGGCCUGGACCGUCCACUGCUGCUUGCUCUCAUUGGCAUCACUAGCAUGCUCACUGACCUGGGCCCAGGGACGAGGGAUUAUGGCGAAAAGUGUAUCGACGAGUCCGAGUCUCUUAUCCUCAAGAGUCUAGAGAACGCCUCAACCAUCAAAGUCCAGACUCUCGCCCUUAUUAUCAAGUACCGCAUCUUGACCCGUCGCUUCUCAAGCGCCUUCAUGCUUGCAGCCACAGCGGCAAGAUUCGCUACGGCCCUCCGACUCAACUACGAGAAUCCGGACCUGUGCUUUCUAGCUCAGGAAUCAAGGCGACGCCUGAUGUGGGCGCUGUUCAUGAUCGACCAAGGCAUGGCCGGUGGGUAUCGGGACCUCACCUUAUGGACGCCCGAGACCAUUCAUAUAUCCCUCCCCUGUAACGAGAGAGACUUCGAGUUCGACCUUGCCCCGCCGUCAUUGCGACCACUGGUCCCCAGCCCGGACGAGUCUGAGAACGAUGACAUUGGCAGUUUGGCACUGCACGUCCGCAUCCUCUGGCUGCGCGGCAGGAUCCUCAAGUUCGCCAAGAGGGCCUCAAACUGUUCCCACGACGACCUCGGGCGACUCCAGGAACAGCUACAGUCGUUCGCCAAGGAGCUCUCAGACUUUGCUGAGCGAUUACCAGUGUCUUUCCGCUGGUCCGACAAUAGUCUACGCCUGAGGGCAUACUCACCCCGUCUUUGCGUCUUCAUUAUGAUUCAUGUCUGGUGGCGGCAGUGCAACUGCGAUCUUUUCAGGAUAGGGCUGGUUGGGCUCCGCGAUUCGCUGUCUCGGUCGGCCGCAGAACGGAUGGGGCCUAACUUCAUCGCCGGAUGCCAACGUCAAUGCUUUGAGCACGCGAUGGAAAUGUCCAAUAUGUUCACCUCGGUCAAGCAACUGGACCACUACCCCGUCGCAGACCUGGAUAUGCCCGUCUGUGCUUACCAGUGCAUACGGAUGCUAUAUUACAUCUACCAUCUCAACGCGGAAGAGUACGGCCUGACGCCAGACAUCCUCCGCAAGAAAGCUUCUGUCUGCCUCGACGUGACCAAGGGCUGCUGUUCUGGGACGGCAGCAGUCUCGAUUCAAGCCGAUUUACAAAGACUCAUGGACCACGGGCUUUCCAUACAGGCCACUCCGAGUCGAUUACUUAGCGAAGAGCCUCAAGACGACCGGAACGGCAACGGGGCCAAACGCAUCCGCCUCAGUCGUGCGAAGCAAGUGCAGCUGGUCGAAGACCCCGACAGUGGCGCACCCGCCGCCGACGAGCUCACGAACCGACCGUUCGGCAUUGGCGCGUGGGAAGACAUCCAGGUGCCCGAGGCUGAAAAGCCGGCCGAACAGGCUCCUGCACCCCCGCAACCUACGGCAAUGGGCUCGCUCGAAGUCAACAACGCGUUUGAGGGCGCACUCGACAGCCUCGAUUUCAACAUGGAGCCCAUGGGCCUGGACUCCCUAGCGUGGUUCUCCAAUGAGUGGGCACAGGGAGACUUCCAGGGCGAGUUUUAA